UUGGUUGUUAUCGAAUCCCUUCCGUCAGUCUGAUAACUGAUAAAAUAAAUUCUUUAGAGUGGUGAUAAAAAUCUGUCUCGUCUGCUGGAUGUCUUGAAAGAUAAACUCUUUCUUGCUCAGUCUACAACCCUCCAAUAUUUUUUGUAGGUUUAUUUAUUUAUCCAAAGUUGAAUUUCAAGCUCAUCUAUCCAGAAGAAUGUCCAUCGAGGAAGCAAAAAGAUUGGCGGCUUUCAAAGCCGUUGACACUUUCAUACAGGACAACACGAUAAUUGGAGUUGGAAGUGGCAGCACAAUUGUUUAUGCAGUUGAAAGAUUAGCGGAGCUGAAGAGAACAAAAAACUUAAAUGUGGUUUGUGUUCCUACAUCUUUUCAAGCCAGGCAACUCAUACUCUCAAAUGAUCUUAAAUUGGGGGAUUUGGAACAAUAUCCCAAGUUAAAUUGCACAAUAGAUGGAGCGGAUGAAGUUGACAAAAACUUAGUUCUCAUCAAAGGUGGAGGAGGUUGCCUGCUUCAGGAAAAGAUCAUUGCUGGCUACAGUGAAAAACUAAUCAUUGUUGCUGAUUACAAUAAAGACUCUCAGCACCUUGGCGACAAUUAUAAAAAAGGAAUUCCAAUUGAAGUCUUGCCUUUAGCAUACAAACCGAUUCAAAUGCGUAUUCAGGAGAAAUAUCGAGGAAGUGCAACUCUUCGAAUGUCAAAAAUGAAAGCUGGUCCUGUGAUCACUGAUAAUGGUAAUCUCAUCCUUGAUUGGGUUUUUCCCACGUCUGAAACGUUUAACUGGGAUGAAGUAAAUAAAACAAUCAAGAUGAUGCCAGGAGUGAUAGAAACCGGCUUGUUCAUCAACAUGGCUCACGCUGUUUUCUUUGGCACAAAAGAUGGCUCGGUUAAAGAAAUUUAUACUAAAUGAUACUCCAGAUGAAACAGAGAGAAUGAAAUCUUUACAGUUUUUUCUUUGUCUUGUGAGUCAAUUAUUUACUUUAAAUUGUGUUGUUAAUCUGCCUUUUACUGUGAUCUCUAAAUUGAUGCAUCUUAAUUAGAUACACUAAGUCAUGGGUGAAAAGAUCUCAACGCCAGGCCUACGGGCAGCUUUCAAAGUGACCUUUUUUGAGGUACUAAUUCAAGCUGGAGAGUGAUUUGGGUUACCAAUUACACCUAUUAUAAUUUAAGUAUUUAUUUAAAACAUGUAUUUUUCUAUUCAUUUACAAAGCUAAUGGUUUAUAUUGUUUUCUGUGUUAAAUUGAGAUUAUUUUGGAUUGGUUUGAAUAAAAUAAAUUGAAAUAUUA